AACUAUGACAUUUUUGUCACAUUUUGGACGACAUACUAAACUAUGACAUUUUUGUCACUUUUUGGACGACAUACUUAAAACAAGGCAUACUAGUGAGAACUCUAGGUUCUCACUAGUAUGCCUUGCAGCAGCAGGCACUAACUACACAGUGACACAAAAACUACUGAGUCAUUCUGCAUCAGUAAAAACAGAUAAAAUGCUGAUGAUUGAGAAAAUCACACACACACACAGUAGAGGACACACACACAGAUAUUGUUGCUAAACUAAAUAAGCCUUCCCCAAGUUGACCGGCUGUAAACUGAAUGUGUCCACAAAAGCAGCGUCUGACAGGAACACACACACACACCACACACGCACACGCACACACACACACACACACAGGUUGUACCCAGUUAGGUGAGGUUUGGUUAAAAAGUGACUGGACAUGAGUUAGUACUACAGAACAAGUAUAUAUGAAGAGAGAGGGACAGACACUGAGCUCCAGAGGACAAACAACACGUCAACAAGCAAAGAUUUCAGCUGACAACCAUGAGGGUCAUUCACGUUGGUCCAGACCCUUCUCUGACAUAUCGUCCCAACUUAGAGAAGGACGAAGCCAAGAAGAAAGAAGACUACAGAAACUUUGAGACUGGGAGCCUAUUUGACCGCGUCUUCAGGACGUAUAAGCUGAUGCACACCAACCAAACUGUGGACUUUGUGAAGCAAAAGCUUUCUCAGUGGACAGCCUUCAACCACACCCAGAUGGGGAUGAUGGACGCCAUCUUGGCUCUGAACCUGCUGGUGGAUGAAUCUGACCCUGACGUGGACUUUCCUAACUCUUACCACGCCUUCCAGACGGCUGAGGGCAUCCGCCAAGCUCACCCAGACAAAGACUGGUUCCAGUUGGUGGGUCUGAUUCAUGAUGUUGGGAAGAUGUUGGGUCUUUGGGAAGAGCCACAGUGGGCUGUAGUGGGCGACACCUUCCCCGUGGGAUGCCAGUAUCAAAAGUCAGUUGUGUUCAGAGACAACACCUUCCUCGAUAACCCAGACGACAAAAACACCAACUACAACACUGAAUAUGGGAUGUAUGAACCAAACUGUGGGCUCGACAAAGUCCUCAUGUCCUGGGGCCAUGAUGAGUAUCUCUACAGAGUCCUGAAGUUCAACAACUGCUCCAUCCCACAAGAGGGCAUGAACAUGAUCCGCUUCCACUCGUUCUACCCAUGGCACUCCCACGGAGACUACAUGCACCUGUGCGACGACAGAGACCUGCAGAUGCUGCCCUGGGUCCAAGAAUUCAACAAAUUUGACCUGUACACAAAAACCACUGAACUCCCCGACGUCGAGAAGCUGAAGCCCUACUACCAGUCUCUGAUCGACAAGUACUGUCCAGGAACACUGAAGUGGUGACGACAAAGGGACGGUCAUGAGUCCACCAGUUACUGUGGCUAUUCUUAAUAUUUUAAAAUGAUACAAUGUAUAUAAAUAGUCGACACAUUUAUCAAUGAUUGCAUUCAUAAAAGCAAAUCUUUCUACUCCAAUGAUGACCUGGUGAAUACAUGGCGCAUUGAUUAUCACAAGGUCACGCCCUUUAGUUAGUGUGUUUGCAGAAGUGAUGACAAUUACAAGGUUUCUUGAAUGCAUCCUAAAGCUGCUCCUCUAAUCCAAACCAUGGAUGUAUUACAAGAACUGGAUAGAGCACCGCCCCCCUACGUUUGCAGCUAAUUUCUUCCAGUGGUCACUCGUGGUACUGCAACAAAAAGUACUCAUGCUGCCCAAAAAGCAAUUUUCCCAUAGACCACAACAAUAAAAAACACGCCUGUAAAAGGGCUCACAGGACACCUUGAGACAUGUGAAUAUAGGCAUUUAUAGAUCUUUAUAUUCCAUAUUAUUUUGUCAAACCUUGCUAAAGGCCAUAAAACACCCAGAAAAAUGUAAGAGCUCACUAAUUUACUAUCAAAUUUAAAACUACAUAGAUGGAUUUUGUACUGAUAUUACUGAUAUUGUUAUAUGUCACUGAUAAUUAUGACUCAUUUUCAAAUAAAAUUUUAUAGAAAAGGA